AUGAAUGGCGUUGUAAUCAAAACAACAAAUAGUUUUGGUCGCAGUGAGUAUCGUGUAUUACUGAAUGGCUUUGGUGCUGAGUUUCGCUUUGCGCACCUGUUAUCAAUUUUGCCUGCAAAGAAAGAUUUCCAAAUAGCAGCGUAUCUCGAACUGCAUGCGGCCGGUACGCUGACAAAUUCACAGAUAUUUGUGAAUGACAAAAAGUUAAAUGAAAUGCAUCCUGAAACGAGACGGUAUGAUUUGAGCAGUCAAAUGGAACAGUGGCUGCGGAAUAAUACGGAAAAGAUUCGGAUUAAGGUGUACAAAAGGUAUUGCAUGCAGCACCUGGAUCAAUUCCUUAUACGCACUGGUAUUCACUGA